GGAUCUCCGCCCUCCCCCCUCCCUCUCGUUCUCCGUCGGUUUGUUGAUUCAGCGAUAACAGCUGAUCGUGACACGCAGCGGGACGAGCUCUACGUUGUAACAAUAUAUGCGUUUACGCAUGCAUAUGCACGUAUAAUAAUUGAACCGAGAUCCGUUUGAGAGAAAUCGUAAGCGAGGAAUAUGCUGAAGCCGAAGGCGCUCACGCAGGUCCUCAGUCAAGCGAAUACCGGGGGCGUGGAGAACACCUUAUUGCUCAACAGGGACGGUGGAUUGUUAGCGUACAGCGGUUACGGGGAUAAGGACGCCAGGGUCACAGCUGCCAUCACGAGUAACAUUUGGACAGCUUACGAGAAGAACGGGCGAAACGCCUUCAAGGAAGAUGAACUGCAGUUUGUUCUCAUGGAUUGUAUGGAAGGGAAGGUCGUUAUCACCGAGGUAGCCAAUCUGCUCUUGUGCUUGUACGCGAAGGAGAGCGUGGGAUUUGGAUUACUGCGCGAGAAGGCGCAGGCGUUGGCCCAGUACCUCGAUCAGCCCUUAAAGACGAUAGCGAACAUGCCUUGAACGGCCCCGACGGAAUCGCAAUCGAUCAUCCCGCUUUCACAAAGUCUGCUGCACUCGAGAGAUUACGAAUUUACCUUUGCGAUACUUAUUUAUUGUUUGUAAGAAUUUGUAAGUUGUACGCGUAUAAAUAUAUUUUUUAUUGACUCGAGAUGUUAACGUGCGUGCGUGUUUCCGCUCUUAACACGCGCGUGUAUCUACAAUUCUAAAUGCCGUGGGAGGUUCAGGGAAAGAGCUACGAGUGUAAUAAUUGAUGCAAUAAUGUAGAAAUAGACGAACGGAAGUGUGGGAACGAAAGCUGCUCUUUAAUGUAUAUAAUAAAUCUUUUAUUUCAUAUAAG